CAUCAACACGUGCCGUUCGUCCAGAGCCAUGGCGGAGGGUUCGGCGAUGAGCCGAAAAAAUUUACAAAUGUUGUCAGAAUCCCUUGCCAAGGUGGCGAAGCAUUUUAACAAAAAAGAAGUGAAGUGCCUAAUCAGACUUUAUAAUGACUUGGUCGGUGAGCAGAGUGAACGGCGUAUGGGAGCUGGUUUGGAUCGUAGUAAGUUUAGGAAUAUUCUACACAACACGUUUGGAAUGACCGAUGACAUGAUCAUGGACAGAGCAUUUCGUGCUUUUGACAAGGACAAUGACGGCUUUAUUAGCAUUAAAGAGUGGAUAGAAGGCCUCUCUGUAUUUCUACGUGGGACGCUGGAUGAAAGAAUAAAAUACUGUUUUGAUGUGUAUGACUUGAAUGGAGAUGGAUAUAUUUCAAGGGAAGAAAUGUUUCAUAUGUUGAAAAACAGCCUCACGAAACAGCCAACAGAAGAAGAUCCCGAUGAAGGAAUUAAAGAUUUAGUUGAAAUAACCCUGAAAAAAAUGGACCAUGAUCACGAUGGCAGGCUUUCAUUUUCAGACUUUGAAAAGGCCGUUAGAGAUGAAGAGCUCUUGCUUGAAGCUUUUGGAUCAUGUCUGCCAGACACCAAGACUGUACUUGCAUUUGAAGGAGAGGCUUUCCAGCAAGACAUUGACAACUAAUGAUCCUGGAAAUAGAACUGUUAUUUAAAAAAAAAAAA